AUGCCGCAGGACCUCAUGCCGGGCGAGUGCGCCAACUACCCUUUUGGCCGCGCCGUGUGCCCCGACGACACCGGCCUCUCGGCUGGCGGCUCCUCUGGCGGCGAGGGCUCGCUCGUCGCUCUCGGCGGCAGCCCCUUAGACAUCGGUACCGAUGAUCCAUCGUGUUGGGACCGUUGUGCGUAUGAUUUCCACGCUCUUUCGAUUAGCGUACGGAACACGGCCAGUUCCCUGUGUGAACAGGUGGAGAAGACGGAUGAAGAGAAGAAACCCCACAAUGUCUGGAGGAUGGGCAGGCAUUCAUACCCUUCUGAGAGGGGUACCGAUCAGUAA